AUGUAUAUUGAUGACAACGACGAUAAUGACGCGAAUGUUAAUGAUGACGAUGAAGAGGCGAUGACGGAUGAGUUUCACCCCUUCAUUGAGGCCUUGUUGCCUCAUGUGAAGGCCUUCUCUUACACAUGGUUCAACCUCCAGGCUGCCAAAAGGAAAUACUACAAAAAACAUGAGAAGCGAAUGUCUAUGGAAGAAGAAAGGCGAGUCAAAGAGGAGCUUCAGAAUGAAAAACCAGAGAUUAAACAGAAGUGGGCUUCAAGGCUAUUAGCGAAACUGCGCAAGGACAUAACGCAGGAGUGCCGCGAGGAUUUUGUUAUGAGUAUAACUGGGAAGAGGCCACCAGUUUGCGUUUUGAGCAAUCCGGAUCAGAAGGGCAAAAUGCGUAGGAUAGAUUGUCUACGACAAGCCGACAAGGUGUGGCGACUUGACCUUGUCAUGGUAAUUCUCUUCAAAGCCAUACCCUUGGAAAGUACCGAC